AUGUCCAGACUUGUCCCCUAUUUGGUAACACCUGAGCCUAAGCGCAUAGCGCGCUUUAUUGGAGGGUUGGCCCCUGAAAUAAAAGGAAACGUCAAAGCUUCCAGGCCUACCACAUAUAGGUCGGUGGUGGAUUUGUCCUUAUCCCUCACACUUGCUACAGUUAGAAAUAAGUCUGUUAAGGAUUCUGAUGAGGGAAAGAGAAAGAGGGAAGAUGAGAGCUCACAUCGCUCUGACAAGAAAAGGAAAGGUAAUACCGAGUUUAAGAAAGGUUCUGAGUUUAAGAACAACUCAAAUCAGUCGGAUAAAAGACCCAAGUGCAAGAACUGUAGGAAGCGCCAUUCAGGGAAGUGCAUAAUUGACCCGCAGGCUAAACUCUGUGGAAUUUGCAAGAAAAAGGGUCAUAAAACUUUAGAGUUCAAAGAGUUAAAGAAUGCAACUUGUUACAAUUGCAACGAGAAAGCGCAUAUCAAGACCAACUGCCCGAAACUCGCAAAGAAGCCUAAAGAGGCCAAGAAAAUAAAUGCUCGAGUUUUCCAGAUGAAUGCCAGGGAGGCAGUACAGAACGACAAUGUUAUAACAAAUAAGUCCUUUGUAGACAAUAAAUUUUGUAAACUGUUAAAUCUGUCUCUUAAAACUCUAGACAUAAAAUAUGAGGUAGAAUUGGAAGAUGGUACUUUAGAAACUGCCUCAACAAUUUUAGAUGGAUGUUUUAUAUCCAUUAGGAAUCACCCUUUUCCGUUGUCUUUGCUUCAGAUGAAAUUGGCAGGGUUCGAUAUAGUUAUAGGCAUAAAUUGGUUAUCUCUUAACCAAGCUCAAAUUUCCUAUGAUAAAAAGCAAGUCGUUAUCAAAACCCCUUAUGGUGAAUCACUUACUAUACAAGGAGAUACGCAGUAUGGAUUGCCUGAUCAAGUGACAGUGGAUGUGCCAAAGCCCAAGAUAGAAGAUAUUCCUGUUAUUUCAGAACACUCAGAUGUAAUUCCUAAAGAACUACCUGGUUUACCUCCCGACAGGCAAGUGUAA